GUAACAGAGGAUGGAGCAAAUAGAGAACGGACUCUACGCCCGUCUCAUCUUCUAUGGUCCCCCAUUCAAAAUCUCAGUCUUCAAUUUUUCUCCUUUUCUGACUAUGGCAAAAGCAUCUGAUAAUUUUCCAAAUAUAUUAACAAAAUAAAUAAUUUUGUUUUUUAAACCAGAAAAUAUUUAGCCAGUUCUUGCAUAUGCAUGCUCAAACAAACGGGACUCCACCGCUUUAUUGCGUAUGUGUUUGUGUCCUGUUUUUACAGGCCUCCCUCUUUCUCUCUCUCUCUAACUCUGUAAUAGAUCUCACCUCUUAAACUAAUCGCACUCUUCAUAGAUGCACUCUUCGCUGAGCUUGUUUGUUGUCUCUCUAGAAUUCACUCUUUUCUUUAGUGGGUUCUUGGACUAUCGUUUUCUAUGAAAAGGAACUCUCCUCCUCGUGAAGUGCAUGUGAAGUUGGUGGCUGAGACUGAGACUAGAGAGAGGGAGAAGGAGAAAGAGAAAGAGAGAGAGAGAGAGAUCUAAUCUGGUGGCCUUAAUUAUACAAACGGGUCGUUUUUGCUUUUUGGGAAUUUUCAGGUGAAUACAGAGUUUUCUUGUUACUUUCUUUUUGCUGCUGCUUCUUCUUCCUCUUCUUCUUCUAGCCCUUUUGCCUUCUUUUCCUGAUGCAUCACCGCUCUCUUUUAUUCUAAACUUUGUUUAUUCUCUUCCCAUUUUGUCAAAAAGUUUUGCUCUUUUGUUCUUUAAGAUUAAAGUUUGAGCCUUUGCUUCUUGGGUCUGCUAUAGUUGCUUAGCUUACAUUAUUUGCGUAUUGAAGUAAAGGGUUUUCUGUUUUUGAUCUUUGGGAAUUGAAGUUGGGAGGUUUUGUAUGAGGACUUAACAUGGUUUGAUGGUGCAGUUUGGCCUUUGAUAAAAGUUUCAGAUUUUGAAGUUAGUUUCAUGGGUUUGGCUUAGAAACGUGUUUAUGCUGAUGGGUCUCUGCCAUUCAGAGGUAAAUGAUGAUUAUUGUGAAGAGCUGUUUGUAGUUGGGGAAAUUUCGGGAAAUUUUUUUGUAAUCAUUGCAAAAAAGGGUUAUCACCCUUGCAAAUAAAUGCUUUAUGUUUGAUGGAAGAUCUCUGAUCGCUUAAAUUUUGGCUUCAUUAGUGUUUAAUGCCUAAUUUUGAAGAUUUGGAUCGGUCGCAGAUUGAAGGAAAAUGCAAUAUAAUUUAAUUGAUUUUGUUACCUUGCAAGAGAUACUGCUAUUAUAUGCAUUUACUUUCUGAUCAUGACCAAGGCUGUCCGUAAUAGGAUUCUUAAGGAUGCAAAUGGUCAUAUCAGUGAUCAUCUGCGCAAUCAUAUCCAUUUAACCAAUUGCAUUCAUCUGAAAAAUCAUAUGCAUAAGCAGAGUCCUAUACUGGCUGAUAGGUGUCUAAUGAGGGACCUCAUUGUUCUUCAGAGGUCCCGAUCAUUGAGGGACCCUUCUGCCAGUCCUUCUUCAUGGCACUCACCUUCUGUUGUUGAUAUGCUUCCUAAAAAAGGAAACAAGGAUGCCACAAUUAUGGAGGGUAGAAGGUCCGUUGGUGUUGAUCGUCGAAGGGAAGGUAGGAGGUUGUCAGGUAGCUCACCACCCUUUGCAAGUGUAGCUCCAUCAAAGGUUGUUCCUGGUGAGCUAAGUGGGGGGCAUGAUGCUAUAGCAGCUAUUAGUGAUUAUAGUAGCAAGAGUGGAGCUAGGGAUGGUAGGAGAGUUGGGAGAGAAGAAUCUAGUCGGAAGAGCAAUAGGGUUGAAAUAUUGGGCGGUGAUGAGGAUCCUUUACGAGAUCAAUAUGUUAAUGAUUUGGUCAAGGAUGAUAUUUCAGGGAAUUCUGAAUCUAAAUCCAGGAAGAGUAAACAAAAGGGGAGGCGUAGUCAAGAUGUCCAUAUUAAGACACUCUCUGAGCAGCUCAAUGAGGUCCCAGUGGAUACUGAUGUAGCUUCUUCUAACAUCCAUCUUGCACGGUCUCGACAGGAGAAAACUGGUGAGGAACCUGAGGCCAGCAUUCAUGGGUAUAGUGGACUGAAUAGGGUGAAGAGGCGGAAGUUUCGAGGGGCCAGAAGAACUAGGGCAACUCCAUCUUCUAGAGAUGUUGGCCAUGAAAUGUCAGUUGCUUCUAAUUCAUUGGCUCAAGGUUCAGCAAGACCAAGGUAUCACAUGGAGGAGGAAGAUGUAGAAGAAUAUGGGGAUCAAAAUGUCACAAGAGCUCCUAGAAAUGGAUGUGGGAUUCCAUGGAAUUGGUCAAGGAUUCAUCACAGAGGUAAAACAUUCCUUGACAUGGCUGGUAGAAGUUUUUCUUGUGGUCUGUCAGACUCAAGGUUACGUAAAGGGGGCAUGGCUUCCCAUGAGAGAGCUGGUCUUAAUAUGCCUGUGGUAUCCGAUCAUUCAAGUUCAUCUUCUAAAUCUGAUGCAGAGGUGCUGCCUCUAUUAGUUGAGGCUUCUGGAUCCUUAGAAAGCACCGAUAAUGCUGGUUGGGUGCAUGACUAUUCUGGAGAACUGGGUAUAUAUGCUGAUCAUUUACUGAAGAAUGAUGUUGACUCUGACCUUGCUUCUGAAGCUAGAUCUGGUGGUCAGCACAAGCUUGGGCGGAAACACACUAGCAGGCAUCAAAAUUUGACUCAAAAAUACAUGCCAAGAAAUUUCAGAGAUUUGGUGGGACAGAAUCUGGUAGCACAAGCUCUUUCUAAUGCUGUCAUGAGAAGGAAGGUUGGGUUGCUAUAUGUGUUUUAUGGGCCUCAUGGCACCGGGAAAACCUCAUGUGCUAGGAUAUUUGCCAGGGCUUUGAAUUGUCAAUCUCUAGAACAUCCAAAACCUUGUGGCUGUUGCAAUUCUUGCAUAGCACAUGAUAUGGGUACGAGUCGAAAUAUAAGGGAAGUUGGCCCAGUCAGUAAUUUUGAUUUUGAGAGCAUUAUGGAUCUGCUUGACAACAUGAUUAUUUCUCAUCUGCCAUCUCAGUUCAGAGUUUUUAUUUUUGAUGACUGUGAUACUCUGUCCCCUGAUUGCUGGAGUGCCAUAUCAAAGGUUGUUGAUCGAGCACCCCGACGUGUAGUUUUUGUUCUUAUCAGCUCAAGUCUUGACGUUUUACCUCAUACAAUUAUAUCCAGGUGCCAGAAAUUCUUUUUUCCUAAGCUUAAAGAUGCAGAUAUUAUAUAUACUUUGCAGUGGAUUGCAUCCAAGGAAGAUAUAGAUAUUGAUAAGGAUGCUCUAAAACUCAUUGCAUCAAGAUCAGAUGGAUCCUUGAGGGAUGCUGAGAUGACUCUAGAACAACUCAGUUUGCUCGGUCUGAAGAUAUCUGUUCCUCUGGUUCAAGAACUGGUUGGGCUAAUCUCUGACGAAAAAUUGGUGGAUCUUCUUGAUUUAGCAUUAUCUGCAGACACGGUGAACACUGUGAAGAAUUUGAGAGCGAUAAUGGAAACUGGUGUGGAGCCGUUAGCUUUAAUGUCACAGCUUGCUACAGUUAUCACGGAUAUAUUAGCCGGUAGUUAUGACUUCACAAAAGAAAGGCAUAAAAGGAAGUUUUUUCGACGACAACCAUUGUCCAAAGAAGAUAUGGAAAAACUGCGUCAAGCCCUGAAAACUUUGUCAGAAGCUGAAAAACAACUUAGAAUGUCAAAUGACAAAUUAACAUGGCUAACAGCUGCGUUGCUUCAACUUGCUCCUGAUCAGCAGUACAUGCUUCCUAGUUCUUCUACAGAAACUAGUUUUAAUCAUAGCCCUAUGACCCUAAAUAAUGCAAAUGGAAGAGAUGUAGCCAGGAAAGGCAGUGAACAAGCUGAGAUGCCUGAAAAUCAGAGAAGCUUGUCAGCACAUGUUAAAUUAGAAAAUCUCCCUGCUAGAACUUCUGCUGAUUUCCAAAUCUACGGUUCAUCAAAUGGUGUUAAUGUGGAUAGGAAAAGGAAUGUGGGAGCUCGGAUGGUUCCUCAGUGGGCAUCACUAUCUUCUGAUACAGUUAGGGUGAGCGGCAAGCAGAUGUCAGCUAAAAGCCGUAAAGGAUACGAGGAAAUUUGGUUGGAGGUGCUUGGGAAAAUUCAGUAUAACAGUAUAAGAGAGUUCUUGUACCACGAAGGAAAGCUCAUAUCUGUUAGUUUUGGUGCAGCUCCAACUGUGCAGUUGAUAUUCAGUUCGCAUCGCACCAAAUCGAAAGCAGAGAAGUUUAGGGCGCAUAUUUUACAAGCAUUUGAGUCUGUUCUUGGGUCGCCAGUUACCAUUGAAAUCAGAUAUGAAUCAAACAAAGACACAGGUGGAGGGUUCCAUGCCCCUCUCAUAUUACCAGUUUCUAGGAAGGCUUCAUCUCAGAUGGCUGUAGAACCAGAGACUACUACCGGAAGCAGAAUGCCUCGAGCAGGAGAAUCUCUUGGUGCAGGGAGGAGUGAAAUUGUUGAAAUACCAGAUUCUCCCAGGGAAAUCAAGGGUAAUGUGCACGUUGACAACAAUGCAGAAUCUAGUGUAAGAGGUUUACAGCGUGCGAGAGUGGGAGAUUCAGCAGUUUCACAUAUGAAAUCUAGCAUCAGUCCUAAGUCGGAACAGAGACUUGGCGAGCCAAGUCAGAGCAAGAGCCUUGUGAGAAGCAAGGUUUCUCUUGCACGUGUAAUUCAGCAGGCAGAAGGAUGUUCACAGCAGUCUGGAUGGUCCAAACGUAAAGCGGUUUCUAUAGCUGAAAAGCUUGAACAAGAAAAUUUGAGACUGGAACCUAGAUCACGGAGCUUGCUAUGCUGGAAAGCAUCUAGACUGACCCGUCGAAAGCUUUCUCGAUUGAAAAUUAGGACGCGAAGACCACAUUCGCUGCUGAAGUUUGUUUCUUGUGGAAAAUGUCUUUCUUCAAAAUCUCCAAGGUAGAAAGAAGAAGAGAUUUUUCAAUGGCUUUACUUCAUCCUUAUUACUUGUGUAAUUACACAUUCUAUUCCCAUUUACUAGGUCAGGUUUAGUCUUCCAUUGCUUUUUUUGUUUGAAUAAGUGAAUGUAGGAAAGAAUUAUAGUGUAGCUUUUAAUGAAUUUUCAUUUGCUACAAGCAAUCAUUUAUGUUGUUA